UGCUUUCAUUUACAAUCAGGUAUCAUGUGGUGUGAAGGUGUACUUUCCAAAGAAAAAUGAAGGUUCUAUGGAACAUCUGUGGAUAUGCUCCUCUAAUGAAGGUCAUGGUCAAGUGUCUGUUGUAUCUCUUCAUACAGACAAGCCAUCUCUAAUAGAAUCAUUUCAGGCUACUAAAUGUAUGAUUAUAUGUGUCGAGACUGUGCCAGGUUAUGCCAGGGUCAGAUCAAAGGCAGCAUUUGAAGAAGACACAGUCUGGAUGAGUACAUCAGACUCAGAGAUCCAAGUAUUUAUGCUAAGUGAAAGGCAAGCAGACUUACAUAGACACUGUAUUUAUACAUUUGAAGUUGGCUGUAUAACUAUCUCUAUGAGAUACAUUGAUGAUCUUAUGUUUUGUGGAAAUAGGAAUGGGAAGGUGAUCAUUUUCUGCAGAAAUGAUGGACAAUGUGGAGCAUCAGCUUACAGAGAAAGAUGACCAAACAAUACAUUUUGAGUAUUUAGUGAAGACUGGUGUUGGGGUAUGGGCAUCUUUCAUUGGUCAGCCAAAUAUCUGCCUGUACCACAGUGAGAGCAGGCGACUGCUACAGGACUUCAAUAUCUGCACUGCUGUCCAUGAAUUCAUUAAAGUAUAUUCUGGAAUAGAGGAAAGAAAGAAUUUUCAAGUUACUUGUUUAAUGGCAAGUCUUGGGCUGCUGUGGGUUGGAACUAAUGUUGGAAUAAUACUGGUAUAUCCUCUUCCAAGAUUACGAGAUGGCGUCCCAAGAAUUAACGAGCGUCCACAAGUAGCUCUCCACAGUCAUAGUGGAGCAGUAAAGUUUCUAUUACCGAUGCAUUACGGGCCAGUUAGUGGGGCACCUAUAAGAAGAAGGAUGGAAUCUGUCCUUAAGAAAUACAAAGUUGAUGACUCUGUAAUAAGACAUUUAUCUAUUGUUGAUGAAAACGAGACAGCUGACAGUAGACCAAAUUCUUAUAUAAGUUUGGAUGCUGUUGGCAUGGUGACAGGUGAUAAUGUGUAUGAAGAUGUUGAUUUCCAAGGUUAUAAAAGAGAUACUGACAGUCAGAUUUAUGAAGAAAUUCCAAGUAAAGUGACGGAAGUUAAAGGUAGUGCUAAUAAAAAUCCUGCAGUAGUACCUAAAGGGGAUGACCAGGUUGAAGACAAGGAAUCAGAUCUGAUUCAAUCUGAUGAGCACAAAUAUUUCAUUUUAGAACCUCAUUGUAGAGAAACUAACAAAACUGAUGAAAAGUCAAGUGCAGUAGGUGAGAGCAAAGUUGAGAUGGAAGGUGGUUCAGAUAUAACUGAAACCUCCGAUGAUGUAUUCCUUAGACCGAAAAAUAAGAACAAAAAUAUUUAUGUAAGAAAGAAAAGGAAUUGUGAUAUGGACCGGAAAUCAAUGACUUUGUCUUACGAUGCAUCUUUACACGGCAAACAGUCUAAAGUAUUUCAUUCAGAAUUAAAAAAUGCGUUAAAGCAUAGAAAGUCUCUGGAAGACUUGACUGAUAGAGAUGCUACACAAGAUGAAGUUAGUAAUUUAUAUCCAACUUUAGUCAGGCCAAAAACAAUUUCAAAUCCGGCAAAAUCAUUACGAGACAGUGGCCUUUCUUCAAGUUUACCGGAUAUUAGGGACGAGUCUAAGAAAGAGAAAGAUAAAGACUCCCUGUACUUCCGACCACGAAUGAGUAGUGGAAUAAAAGCGAAAAAACCGGAACUCUCUCCUCCAAGUAAAGACUCGACAAAAAAGGAGAAAAAGCCGUCUCGGUUUUCUAAGCGAGAUUCUACACCGAAAGAAACUAGACGUUCUGUUUCCUUUAACAAGGAUGACACAAUGGAAAAUAAGAGAAAGUCGGCAGUUGGUACCAGUUUUUCACAGGGCUCAUCAGUAGAUACUCUCAGAAAGCAAGACACUAAUACAAUAAUGGUAAUUAGUGGAGGUGAUGGUUAUAAAGAUUGGAAGAAGAGGCAAAGUUUACCAAAUUACAGACCAGAAGAGCCAUGUCUUAUGUUUUGGAUGUACAAAUUCUAGAUACAUUAUAUUUACUUCUGUUUAAUAUUGAUGCAAUAAAAAAAGCAUGUACUAGAUGUUUUAGAUAUAUAUUUUAUAGUACAUUACAGUAAAGCUGGACUGUGAUUUACAUGCUGUACAUUUCUGAAAAAGCAGUUUGAUAUGAAAAGAAUGUUGUUAAUUUGUUAAAUAUAAAUAAUUUAUUGAAAUA